AUGGCUGGGAGUCUCUAUAACAGAUCGUCCCUGGAGGAGAUUGGAUCGAGCAGUUCUCUAGAGGGUCCAGGAGAUCUGCAGGCCUUUGUGAAGUGUCACUUUGACUAUGACCCCUCUCAUGACAACCUGAUCCCCUGUAAAGAAGCUGGACUCAAAUUCAGCAGUGGAGACAUCCUUCAGAUCUUCAACCAGGAGGACCCCAACUGGUGGCAGGCAUGUCAUCUGGAAGGAGGCAGUGCAGGCCUGAUCCCCAGUCAGCUGCUAGAGGAGAAGAGAAAAGCAUUUGUCAAGAGAGACCUGGAGCUCUCUAGCACAGGGCCUCUGUGUGCAGGGAUUGGGGGUAAGAAGAAGAAGAAGAUGAUGUACUUGACCACCAAGAAUGCUGAGUUCGACCGACAUGAGUUGAGGAUCUACGAGGAAGUGGCCAAGGUGCCUCCAUUCCGCAGGAAGACGCUGGUUCUGAUUGGAGCACAGGGUGUGGGCCGCCGCAGCUUGAAAAAUAAACUUUUGGUGUCGGACCCGCACCGUUAUGGAACCACCACACCUUACACAUCUCGUAAACCCAAGGUGGAUGAGAAGGAGGGGCAGAUGUACCUGUUUAUGUCUCGCAGUGAGAUGGAAUCCGACAUUAAAUGUGGCCGUUUCCUUGAACACGGGGAAUAUGAUGGAAAUCUGUACGGCACCAAGAUUGACUCCAUUCAUGAGGUUGUGGACUCCGGCAAGGUUUGCAUUCUAGAUGUCAAUCCGCAGGCACUCAAAGUUCUGCGAACAGCCGAGUUUCUUCCAUAUGUGGUGUUCAUCGAAGCCCCAAACUUUGAGGUUCUGAAAGACAUGAACAGAUCUGCCAUUGAGGCUGGUGUUGUGACUAAACAGAUGACGGAUUCAGAGCUCAAACGGACAGUGGAUGAGAGUGAAAGGAUCCAGAGGGCGUACAGUCACUAUUUUGACCAUAGCAUUGUGAAUGAUAACCUGGACGGAGCGUACCGCAGCCUCAGGAGGGCACUGGACAGACUCAACACAGACCACCAGUGGGUUCCUGUCAGCUGGGUCUUCUGAGAGCAGUUGGGUUCUUCGGUCUGCAUUUCUCACAGUGGCUAGAAGUCUAGUUAACUGCUGUAAUCUAUGUGAACUUGCCUGUUAGAUUUUUUGCACAAAAAGCACGACAAUACAAAGCUAGUUUAUUAUUUUGUAAAGAAACGAAGCUGAUCUGUAUAUCUGUAUUUGUUCUGUACAGUGCUGUAUGUUUGUUAUUCCUGUGAGAGUAGGGCUGUAUAUUUGUAUAGAAACUGUAGAAUAUGUUUUAGCACCCUACGUUACAAUAAAGAUACUCAGAAUUAUGUUGGAUGUAUCAAUGCUAUAUGAUUACGUAGUGUUUUGCAGGGAUUAAGUUUCAGUGUAUUAAAAGCAGAAUUGAAGAUCGUUUUGGCGUGUCAUAUUCUGGUGCAUGUUCUGAUUUGUUUGCGUUCUUGUAACGUUUGUUAGUACAAAAUCUAUUUCAGUUCAGAAAACAGUCAAAUGUGUCACGAAAUACGUAAUUUGAUUGGUAUUUAUGCAUUAUAAAAAGAUAAAAAAUUCAAAUUGUAUCAUUCCAAUACAAAAAUUCUAGAAUGUUUCACUGUGACUGAUCAAUCGCAGCAUUCUGCAUUCAUAUAUUUUUCUAUAAUGAUGGUAAACUGUAUAACUGACCUUUGCCCAGGAAACUGAUUUCCGACAUGGCUGUACUAGUUUCACUGUGUCUCUCGUAUCACUCCACACUCUCUUC